AUGGUUUGUGAAUGUGUAUUAAUGUCACUUGGCUGGAUUUUCCUCUUGUACCUGCUCUAUCGUAUGGCCACAAUACUUUAUAACAUCAUUUAUCCGUUCUUCAUUGCAACUCCUAUCAAUCUACAUAAAGCUGCUGGUGGCAAAUGGGCAGUUGUUACCGGCAGUACUGAUGGGAUAGGAAAAGCUUAUGCUUUUGAGUUGGCAAGGCGUGGUUUCUCCAUUGUUUUGAUAUCACGUACUCAAAGCAAGCUGGAUGCAGUAAUGGAAGAACUCAAAAAAGAAUGUGAAGUCGAGGUCAGAACUAUUGCGUUUGAUUUCACCAGUGGAAGUGUCAGUGAAUAUGAAAAUAAAGUAUUGUUGCUGCUGAAAAAGCUGGAUAUCGGCGUAUUGGUUAACAACGUUGGUGUCAGCUUUAGUUAUCCGGAAGUUAUCUAUAAGGCGGAAGGUGGCCUUCAAAGACUUGCAGAUGUCAAUGUUGUUAAUACUCUUCCUGUAACUUUGUUGUCUGCUGCAGUAUUGCCUCAAAUGGUUGAGCGUAAUAAUGGUAUAAUUGUGAACAUAUCUUCUGCUACCGCAUAUAGUCCACUCAGUUUGCUCAGUGUAUAUUCAGCAUCGAAGAAAUAUGUCACUUGGUUUUCAAAUAUUUUACAAAGGGAAUACGCACAAACGAAUAUAAUCAUCCAGACCGUGUGCCCUAUGUUCGUUACUACCAAAAUGUCCAAGAUUUCGCGUGCAUCAUUUUUUUUUGUGACAGCUGAAGAUUUCGUCAAAAGUGCAAUUCAAACGAUUGGAAUCAUGGGUGAAACAACCGGUUGUUUUUCCCAUCAGUUGCAAGUUGAAAUUAUAAGGAACUUGCCGGAAUGGAUCGUUGUACCAUACUUAAGCGGGCAAACUAAACUUGUUCGCAAGAAAGCACUUGCAAAAAAGGCACGCGAGAUAAAGGCUACAUCAUGA